CAUCCUCACCCCGCCAGUGCCGUGGCUGUGCUGGUGCCACCCCAGUGCUGGCAUGUGCCCGGGUGGCUCCCAGUCACCUCUUCCCUGCCCGCAGGGAUGCACCGUGCCCUGCCCGUGAUGCCGCCCCACGCAGCCGUCCUGUGACACGGCCCCUGGCUCGGGGGUGACCCGGCAGCCCCUGGGGAUCCCCGGCGGGGACCGGCCCUGCAGCCACCGCCCUGUUUGCUCGGGCACCGGCCUCACCCCUGCGGGCCGAGCGAGAGGCGGAGCCGGCGCUGGCCCCACGCUGGGGCACACGAGCAGACCCCGUGUGUGUCCCCAGAGAGCCCCGAGAUGGCCUUCCAGCGGAGCCACCGGCUGAACCUGCUGCGCCUCGUCGUGCUGCUCCUCGUGGCCCUGGCUGGCAUCAAGUUCCUCUUCCGUGACAGCUUUACCCUGGAGCUGCACAAGCACGUCAGCAAGGACAGCGGGUUCUGGGGGGACACAGGUGACGUCGUCCAGGAUGUCAUCCCCCAGAGCCAGGUUCUGGAGGUCCCUGCGGCAAAGAUAAUGACCCUGAAGCAAAAGCAGCAGGUCCCCAGGGAUGUCAGUGCCACCGAGAUGAGGCUGGUCCACCUGGACCUCAAGGGAGCCGCGCCCAGAGUCUCCUACCUGGAACAGGUGUUCCCCCUCCUGGCCCAGCUGGGAGCCAACGGCGUCCUCAUCGAGUACGAGGACAUGUUCCCCUUCAAGGGAGAGCUGGAAACCCUCAGGUCCCCGUACGCUUACAGCGAGGAGGACAUUGAGCGCAUCCAGCAGCUGGCGGAGCAGCACAAGCUGGAGGUGGUUCCCCUGGUGCAGACCUUUGGCCACGUGGAGUUCAUCCUCAAGCACGAGAAGUACCAGCACCUGCGGGAGGUCGAGCGCUUCCCCAACAGCUUCAACCCGCACGUGCCCGCCACGCUGGCCCUGCUCAAGAGCAUCCUGUCUCAGGUGGUGGAGAAGCACCGCCGCUCCACCUGGAUCCACAUCGGUGCAGACGAGGUUUUCCACCUCGGGGAGGGGAUGGACUCCAAGAACUGGAUGAGCCACAACAAGGGCGACGUGGGGACCAUGUACCUGAGGCACAUCAAGGAGGUCCUGGGCUUCCUCACGGCGCAGUACUGGGGGCUGCGGGUGCUCAUGUGGGACGACAUGCUGAGGAAGAUCAGCGUGGGAGCGCUGCGGGAGUCUGGGAUAGCGAAGCACGUCUCUCCCGUGGUGUGGUUCUACGCGCCCGACUUCGAGGCUGAGCAGAUCGUGCCCUUCCUCACCAAGUACGUGGAGAGCGGCUUCGAGGCCGUGUGGUUCGCCAGCGCCUUCAAGGGCACCACGGGGCCGGCGCAGGCCUGGCCCCCGCUCGGCUACCACCUGAAAAACCACCUGAGCUGGCUGAAGGUGAUGCAGGCCGUGCCGCGGCUGGCCCCGCUGCGCUUGCAGGGCGUCGUGCUCACCGGCUGGCAGAGGUAUGAUCACUACUCGGUGCUCUGCGAGCUGCUGCCCGUCAGCAUCCCCUCUCUGGCCAUCUGCCUGCAGACCCUGGUGAACGGGGGCUUCACGGAAGAGGCGAAGAGGAAGGUCCUGGAUGUGCUGGGCUUGGAGGGCGUGCAGCUGGAGCAGAGCACCUGCGAGGGCAGGGGGGCGUUCCCCGGUGCGGAGAUCUACCACAUGGUGGAGCAGGUUAAUGGGCACCUGAAGGACAGCAUCCUCAAGGCGCUGGAGGAGGAGAGUGCCAUCAAGGGCUGGUUCAGCCCCUACCACAGGAAACGCCAGUUUGGGAACCCCCGCAACAUGGAGAGCUUUGGCAGCAAGGUGCUGAAGCUCCAUGAGGACUGGGAGAGCUUUGUCCGUGAGCUGCGUGCCCAGCUGGAGAGGAUCUACUUCCCUGACACGGUGGAGGAGUGGAUGGAAGAGAACGUCAACCCCUACCUGGACCAGCUGCGGGACCUGGUGCGGGACUACCGGGCCAUCAUCCGCCUCAACGGGCGGCCCAAGGCCACGUAGGGGCUGCAGCCCCGGCUCCCGCUGCCCCCUGCCCUGGGGGCCACCACCGUGUGUGUGUCUGCUGGUGACAGCACUGCUGCUGUCUGCACUGUACAGAGCCCCUGCACUCCCCCCCGCAAUAAAGUA